AUUUUCUGUAGGAUUGCAGUAGUAACAUAAGAACUAGUGUUCGAUAUAUAGACGGCACAGAAAGCCAUGUGGCAUAAGCCGAUCUCUCCCCUUUCCCUCUCUUUCCUCCCCCAACCCUCUUGAGUCCUUGGCGUUCUAUCCCGUCCCUGCAGCCAGCCUCAAAACUCUACAAGAUGCAAGGCUCUCACAUUUCGUGGCUGCUUGCCGCGCUUGUUCCCUUCACCCUUGGUCAGACGAUCGAAGUCGAUGGCAAGGCGGUCCCCGCCAACGAGAAGAAUGUUGCCCCUGCGUGGUCUGAGCCACCGGCUGCAUCGUCCAAAUAUUCCUUUGUCGAUGACACCCCUCGGCUGACCGAUGCCGUGCUCACCAACCUCACGGACCUCAACCUCAGUGAAGUUGACCUCUUCUACUUUGCUGAUACCAAGGGUUCCAAGAAGAGAUCUGCUGCUGUCGACUCCAAGUGCAAGGUUUUCCCUGGUGACAAGCUUUACCCCAACAAACUCAUCUGGAAGGUCCUCGACCUUCUCAGCGGAGGUGCCCUUAUCAGCACAGUUCCCCUGGGCUCAGCCUGCUACAAAGGAGAGCAUUAUAACGAGGAGCGCUGCAAAUACCUUACAGAAAAUUGGCAUAACAGCACGACACACAUCGAUGAUCCCACUUCGGUCAUGUCACCCCUCUUUGAGGGUGCCACCUGUGAGCCCGAGAACGCCGCUUCCGGCUCCAAGUGCACCAUUGGUGGCUUCCCCUUGUACUCCAUCAAGGCCACCUGUGUUGCCCAUAUCCAACUCGCCGUCAACUUUGCUCGCAACCUCAACCUCCGUCUUGUCGUUCACAAUACUGGCCAUGACUUCCUUGGUAAGAGCACCGGUGCUGGUGCCUUGAGCAUCUGGACACAUCACCUCAAGGAUAUCAAGUUCACCAAGAACUACCGUGGUGCUAGCAGCUACGCUGGCCCCGCCUUCAAGAUUGGUGCCGGUAUCCAGGUCAAGGACCUGUACCUGGCUGCCGACCAGGAGGGUUACACUGCUGUUGGUGGAGAGUGCCGUGAUGUUGGUGUCGCUGGCGGUUAUCUUCCCGGUGGUGGCCACUCCCCCAUCAGCCCCAUCGCCGGUCUUGCUGCCGACCAGCUCCUCAGCGUUGACAUCGUCACGCCUGAUGGUCGCUUCGUCACUGCCGACGAGAAGCAGAACACUGAUCUCUUCUGGGCUGUCCGUGGUGGUGGUGCUGCUACCUGGGGCGUCGUCGUCUCCAUGACUGUCCGAGUCUAUCCCAAGAUGAAGUUCUCUGGCAUGACCUGGAGCGUCAAUACCAAGGAUUCUGGCAUCUCUCAGGAGGCUCUCUUCAAGGCCCUUGACGUCUACUGGCGUCGCUUCCCUGAGUACUCUGACAAGAACAGCUACGGCUACAGCUUUAUGUUCCCUGCUGGCAACGGCAGUUUCCUCUGGACCAUGAACCCUUGGAUGAUCCCCAACAUCUCUGUUGGCGAGUUCAAGAAGCUUGUUCAGCCCCUCCUUGAUGAGUGGAAGGAACUUGGCGUUGACCCCAAGCCCACAUUCUUUGAGCAUGACCGCUUUUACCCUGCCUGGAAGACACAUUUCCCUGCUGAAAACGUCGGUAACUACAAUGGUCGCUCCGGCUCUCGUCUCAUCCCCCGUAAGAACUGGAAUGACCCUAAGCUUCUCAACAACACCAUCGACGUUCUCAAGGGCAUUCUUGCUGACGAAGGCAUAUUGAUUAUCUACAACAUCAAUGCCAAGCAGCAAAACACUCCUCCUAACUCUGCCAACCCUGCCUGGCGUGACGCCAACAUGUUUGUUAUCACUGCUCUUAACUGGAACUACACCGAUAGUGAAGAGGAGAUUGCCAAAGUCAACAACGAACUCACCCAUGGUGUCAUGGAGCGUCUCAAGGCCGUCACUCCCGGUGGUGGUGGUUAUGGUAACGAGGGUGAUGUUAUGGAUCCUGACUUCGGUCAGUCUUACUUCGGAUCUAACUAUGCCAAGCUCUACCAGCUAAAGCAGAAGAUUGAUCCUUACGGUGUCUUCUAUGCUCCUACUGCUGUCGGUAGCGAGGACUGGUACAUCACUGAUCACCCAGCCUACGUGAUCAAGCAGACCGGCCGUCUUUGCCGCAAGUAGAUAGCCUAGCAUAGCGCUUCCUUCGAUUGUAGAUACUUUGAUUGUGCUCUUUACCUUAUCUAGACCAAUAAUAAUUCGAGCCCCGUCAUCCUGCUUCAUGCGGGCUACUCGGAUAACAUUCCAUAUGGCAUUGGUCUACGUGAACACCGGAUGGCUUUGCCAGUACCAAAUGCAGGAUUUUUUAUCUUAUUUUCGCCGAAGGUGCCGAGUGGCAAGUAGGCAACAUCUAUCUAACACUAGGGGGGCUCACAUGAAUUAAGUUAGAGUUUCAACGACCAGGAUCCCCCUAAUACCAUAGUGGCUUUUGUUAUUACACAUGGGUUGGCAGCCCUGUCUUCUUAUGGCUUCUAAUUGCCUCUCUUUAGUAUCUACCUCCCUG